AUGUCAAUGGACCCCCCUCCGCCACCAGCUUCGGCCGGCGACACCGAUGCCCCAGUUGUCGCGCCGAAGACUACACGCAGCGAAAGUUUCUCGUCACAGAAAUCCACCGACUCUCAAACUGCUGCUGAAUUCAUAAGGGACCAGAUGCAAUUGGAAGCCGACGCGCGCGAGGCUCUUCCCUAUAGCAUCGAAAGCUGCACCAAUAUUCUCGGAUCCCUUCGCCAGAGUGUCUUCGCCUGCCUGACCUGCAAUCCUCCCCCCGCCGAACCGAAGGACCCUUAUGAUGGUGCAGGAGUCUGCUAUGCUUGCUCUAUCCAGUGCCACGGCGAACACACUCUUGUCGAGAUAUUCACCAAGAGAAACUUCACAUGCGACUGCGGUACCAAGAGAUAUCCGCCCACCGCUCCCUGCAGUCUGCGCUUCAACGCUACUACUAAUACCAAGGGCGGCGUGCAUUCGGAGGAGCCGGAUGCGAACAACAAGUACAACCAGAAUUUUAGAAAUAGAUUCUGUGCGUGCGAGUGUGAUUAUGACCCCUUCCAGCAGAAAGGCACCAUGUUCCAGUGUUUGGGACUGGGUACGUCCGAGACAGGCGGCUGCGGCGAAGACUGGUACCACCCUGGCUGCUUGGUUGGAAUGGGGCCCAACUGGUUUGAGAGCAUGAAGAAGGAGAAGCCCUCAACUGUUAAGGAACCCACAGAGGCCACAGCUAUGCCCACAAUCUCGGAAGAUUCGGAAGCGCGCCCUGGGGACGAAGCAACGGCCGCCAAGAAAGAGGAUGGUGAUGAGGAUGUGGAGGAUGAGGACGAAGACCCACCGAUGCCACCCGGCUUUCCAGGCGAGGACGACUUUGAAGCAUUCCUAUGCUAUAAGUGCGUUAAUGCCAACCCGUGGAUCAAAAAGUAUGCGGGCGCCAAGGGAUUUCUACCAGCAGUCUUCUCGACUCAGAAGAACGCACAGGUAAUAGGCACGGAGGAGGUGGCCAAGAAACGAAAGGCAGAAGACGACGCCGACGUAUCAGAGGCUAAGCGACUGAAAGGUACAUCUGGGCCAGCCGAGGGUCAACCCACCAGCAGUGCUCCGGCUGUUAAGCAGGAGACUCAGGAGGCUUCGUCUGUUACAUGUCGGUGGGCUUUACUUCCAUCUCCACCGGCCGGAGAGUUCUCGCUCUUUAUGACAGAAGACUUCCGCAACAACAUAUGUCGAUGUUCGUCAUGCUACCCUAAUUUAGACCCGCACCCACAGCUUCUGGAAGAGGAAGAAACGUACGAGCCGCCAAUGUCUGAUGGCGGGAACUCGGAGCACGGAGGCUCCACAAAUGGCAGCGGCAGCCUCCUGGAGCGCGGAGAGAGUGCCUUGCGCAAUGUAGACCGUGUUCGUGCCAUCGAAGGUGUCAUGGCGUACAACCAUCUGAAAGACCAGUUGAAGCCGUUCUUCCAGCAAUUUGCAGAGAGCGGCAAAGCAAUUGGCGCAGAGGACAUCAAGUCUUAUUUUGCCAAGCUCAGAGGCGACGACCAGGCCAUCAAGGACGCGGGAGGUUCAGCCAAUGGGUCAAAGGACGAUAAGGACGAUUCGCGUCGGGAGCAAAGUGGCUACUGA